GUGUUGCUGAAGGACAGGUGUUUCUAAUGAAGUGUACAGUCAGUGCAGGUACCAGGUGGAGUUGAUUGGGUAAGAAUGUUGUGGGUGUAUUUUUGUUCCCUAAUGUGAUUUAUUUUCCCUAUUCAAUAUCAUCAGGAUGGGGAGUGAGAGAGCAGUAAAUCCAGCACCCAGCUGUGUGUCUAUGAAGAGUGACUGGUCCAUGGAGCCUCCUCCUCUAUUCAGCAGUGAACCUGUGACCUCAGUCCUACGUGACCAGAAGAAGCCUGUAAACAUUUCUAAAGAAAAGCUGGAGUCAGUAUUCAAGGAGCUGGAGGACAAAAUCAUCUCUCUGGUGAAGAAUGAGCUGAAGAGAUUUAAGAAUCUACUGAGCUCAGAUUACCCAGCAUGCACUGAGAGACAGGUGGAGGAUGAGGAGGAUCAGAGCAGUGUCAGAGAGGGGGCGCUGGAGAUCACACUGCACGUCCUGAGGAAGAUGAACCAGAAAGACCUCGCUAACACACUACUGAGCAAACUGGCCCCUGGUUGCCACAGAAAGCUCAAAUCCAAACUGAGGGAAAAAUGUCAGAGGAUUCAUGAAGGAAUCUCACAGCAGGGAACCACAACACUUCUGAAUGAGAUCUACACUGAGCUCUACAUCACAGAGGGAGGGAGUGGAGAGGUCAGUAAUGAGCAUGAGGUGAGACAGAUUGAGACAGCAUCCAGGAGACCAGCAACACAGGAGAUACCCAUCAAAUGCAGUGACAUCUUUAGACCCUUACCAGGACAAGACAAAGCCAUCAGAACUGUGCUGACUAAAGGAGUGGCUGGAAUUGGCAAAACGGUCUCUGUGCAGAAGUUCAUACUGGACUGGUCUGAAGGAAAUGUAAAUCAGGAUGUUCUCUUAAUAUUCCCACUUCCUUUUAGGGAGCUGAAUUUGCUGAAGGAAAAAAAGUUCAGUCUGGUGGAGCUUCUUCAUUGCUUUUUCCCAGAAACAUGUGAAUUAAAACCUAAACAUUAUACCAGCUACAAAAUUCUGUUCAUCUUUGAUGGUCUGGAUGAGUGUAGACUUCCUCUAGAUUUCCAGAACAAUGAGAGAUUGUGGGAUGUAACAGAGUCGACCUCAGUGGAUGUGCUGCUGACAAACCUCAUCAAGGGGAAUCUGCUUCCCUCUGCUCUCCUCUGGAUAACCUCUCGACCAGCAGCAGCCAAUCAGAUCCCUCCUGAGUGUGUUGACCAGGUAACAGAGGUAAGAGGGUUCAGUGAACCACAGAAAGAGGAAUAUUUCAGGAAGAGAAUCAGUGAUCAGGGCCUGGCCAAUAGAAUCAUCACACACAUGAAGUCGUCAAAAAGCCUCUACAUCAUGUGCCACAUUCCAGUCUUCUGUUGGAUUGCAGCCACUGUUUUAGCGAGAAUGUUGGGUGAAGCAGAGAGUGGAGAGAUCCCCAACACUCUGACUCAGAUGUUCACACACUUCCUGAUCUUUCAGCUCAGACACAAGGAUCAAAAGUAUGGACAAAGUAUGAAAGGACAAAAACGUCCCACUUACCCACGUUACAUGAGAGAACAUGUUUUGGCACUGGGAAAACUGGCUUUCCAACAGCUAGAAAAAGGCAACCUGAUCUUCUAUGAGGAAGACCUGAGAAACAGUGGCAUAGAUGUCAGAGAAAUGACAGUGUAUUCAGGAAUGUGCACUCAGAUUUUCAGAGAGGAGUUUGAGCUACAGCUGGGGAAGGUGUUCAGCUUUGUACAUCUGAGUGUUCAGGAGUUUCUGGCUGCUUUAUAUGUGUUUAUUUCCUUCAUCUCCACCAACACCAAUGUGCUACAACAGAAACACCCUGGAUAUUUCAGUAUUUUCAAAACCCCAAUGUCUGUCUUCCUCAACAGUGCAGUGGACAAGGCCUUAACGAGUCAAAAUGGACACCUGGACCUUUUCCUUCGCUUCCUUCUGGGUCUCUCACUGGAGUCCAAUCAGACUCUCUUACGAGGCCUACUGACACAGACAGGAAGCAGCUCUCACAGCAAAGAGGAAACAGUCAAGUACAUCAAGGACAAGAUCAGUGACAGUCCCUCUACAGAGAAAUCCAUCAAUCUGUUCCACUGUCUGAAUGAACUGAAUGAUCAUUCUCUAGUGCAGGAAGUCCAAACAUACCUGAGCAGAGGAGGUAACAGUAGUCUCCAUGGAGCCAGACUGUCUCCUGCUCAGUGGUCAGCUCUGGUGUUUGUGUUGCUGAACUCUGAAGAGGAGCUGGAUGAGUUUGACCUGAGGAAAUAUGACCCAUCAGAGGAAUGUCUACUGAGACUGCUGCCAAUGGUCAAAGCAUCCAGAAAAGCCAUACUAUCUGGCUGUGGUCUCACGGAAGAGUCUUGCAAAUCUCUCACAUCAGUUCUACAAACAGAAAACUCACUGAGAGAGCUGGAGAUGAAUAAUAAUGACCUGCAGAAUUCAGGAGUGGAGCAGCUCUGUGCUGGACUGAAGAGUUCACACUGUAAACUGGAGAUUCUCAGACUAUCUGGCUGUGGUCUCAAUGAAGAGUCUUGCAAAUCUCUCACAUCAGUUCUACAAACAGAAAACUCACUGAGAGAGCUGGAGAUGAAUAAUAAUGACCUGCAGAAUUCAGGAGUGGAGCAGCUCUGUGCUGGACUGAAGAGUUCACACUGUAAACUGGAGAUUCUCAGUAAGAAGACAGCAGAAGAGAGAAAAGACAGAAGAGCUUGAUGGUGAAAGCCUCCGGGAUUCUCGGUGCACCACAGAGACAGAACUCAGGACCUCACUGGGAAAAGCAACGGCAGAGGAGAAUGUUUCAUGAUCAGUGACUCAUAGUGUGAGCACAGGAAUGUAAACACUAGUAAAAGAUUAUGCUGUCUGUAUUCUGUCCAAUCAAUACUGCGUUGUU